AAGAGGAAGAAGAAGAAGAAGAAGAAGAAGAAGAAGAAGAAGAAGAGGAGCGAUAUGUGACUGCAGGCCUAUAUUGACCACCAGUCCAGUAAUAUUACCACUGGUUCUAAUGGUUCGCUUACAUUGCUAAUAUCAGCUAAGUGUCAUUCGAUGGGGAUGGCUCAAGUUUGAAGGUGCACUAUAGUACAGGGAAUUUACCUGAUGACAUCUAAAUCCAAGUCCCAGUUGGCACCCCUGCCAUGGACUGAGAUCCUUCUGUAUUGGGUGCUGUCCUUUGGCUCCCAUCUGUAUUCCUUCUACCAACUGCAGAGGUUCUCCAAAGAGCAUGAAGCAGGAUUAGAAAGAGAAUUCCAGUUGGAAAAAGGCCUUCUUAAAGGCUUUAAAAGGGACCCGUCCGACUUUGAGUGGAGUUUCUGGACUGAAUGGGCCAAGAAGUCUUUACUGUGGACUCUGACUGGACAUGGCAUCAUAUCGAGAUUCACCAGCGUCUAUUACCCCAAGCUCAGGGUACCAGCACUCACGAUAUAUGGCCUCUUAGCUGCCGGCAGCGUGUUGGGCGUUAAAGGUGUGAGUGUGCUGCUGGUACAUCUGGGCCUGUCCUUUUCAGUGGCCCAACUGCGAAAGCCCGCUCUGUCGUGGGCAUGUAACCUGCUGCUGCUCUCCACACUUCACAUUCAACCACUUCAAGAGAUCCAGAGAGACUGGUACAAGACAGAGGAGGAGUACUAUCUGCUGCUCUUCAGCAUUGCUGUCUGUGGUUUGCGCUUCAUCAGCUUCAGCCUGGAGCUUUGCUGGUGCCCUCCAGGCCAUGGUGGAGUUGUGCAGCUCUGUUGGUUGUUUUCAUACACCUUCUAUCAUCCUUUUUUCUACAAUGGACCCAUCAUCACAUAUAAAGACUACAUUGAGCAGAUGUGUAGGUCGGGUGAAGAGAGUGACAAGGACCAAUCUCUUUUAAGUUACUUGGUGCUCAGAUCAGGACGGAUCAUACUGUGGUGGUGCAUUGCUGAAUUCAUGAUCCACUUAAUGUACAUGCACUCAAUCCAGUCUAAUGAGACCUACUUAAAAAUUCUUCCUCCUUGGGCCCUGGGGGGUCUGGCUCUGGCACUUGCCCAGUUCUUCUAUGUGAAAUAUCUGGUACUUUUUGGCCUUCCGUCCAUGCUGGCUACUUUGGAUAAACUAGUUCCCCCAAAGCUUCCUAGUUGUGUCAGCAUCAUACACAGUUUCACUGGGAUGUGGAGGCACUUUGAUGAGGGGCUAUAUCGAUGGCUCAUCAGAUACAUCUAUGUGCCUUUGGGAGGUUCACGACAUGGCCCUCUUUACAAAAUCUUAUCCACUGGCCUUGCAUUCGGAUUUGUCUGCCUCUGGCAUGGUGGCCGUGACUACUUGCAGUACUGGGCCCUGAUGAACUGGGCUGGAGUUCUGGUAGAAAAUGGAUUCAAGUCUCUCUUUGCUUCAUCCUUCAUUAACUCCAUUGUAGAGCAACAUUUCUCUGCAGCGAUGAAGAGACGUUCCAUUGCCCUUCUCUGUGCCUUCGCCACUGCCAUGCUCCUCCUCUCUAAUCUGGUGUUCCUUGGGGGGAUGCAUGUUGGCAGAAUUUUCUGGAUGCGUAUCUUCAUUCAAGGCUGGUCGACUGUGGCCCCACCUAUGCUGGGUUUCCUCUACUGCUUUGCUCAAAUUGGACUUGAGUGGACUUGACUUCGUAUCACAGUGAGAGUCUGUGCUACAGGUCCAGUGCCUCCUCCUCUCCACCCAGCGCCUCUGUGGUGAAUCUGACUCUUGGCCACAGAACCCGUCCAAACCUGGCUGAAUGCUGCUUUUUCACAACACAACCCGUAGCAAAAUCUGUCAAAAAGCUUUGUAAGGAGACAGUUUCCUAUACUUAACGGAAAAGCUGACAGAAACUAUAAUAGCGAGAUGCUGCACUUUCAGGACAGUUUUGCCUUGGCUAUGUUGAGGCGCAUUUGCUGCACUGAAUCACUGUUAUUCCGAGAAACUGUAAAGGAAAGUAUGGACCUUGAAUCCAUUUUGGUUAAAUGACUGAUAAGUUAUUGGUUAUUGUUGCAGUGAGGUGGAUAAAUACUUUUUCACUUUUACUAUCCUCAUUUAGGGUUAUAUUGCUAAAAUUCUUUAGAGCCUUUAAUUCAACACAUUAAAAUAUAUACACAUCACUGUUAAAAAUAAAUCACAGUAUCAGUGUCAUGCUAUUGAGUGUUAGCUGUUGCCCGGGGUAAAUGUUUUUUUUAUGGAAUAACAUACUUUCAUUUCAUUUCAUUGUGUUGUCUUUGAUCUUUUCAUUGGAUUUGCUGACGAUAACAAAAGUAUCAUGUAUAUAUAAAUAUCAUCAGACUUUUCCUUUAAGAGAAGUAAAAGACAUUUGUUACACUAUUGGAAAUUAUCUACAUCUCUGAAACACAUUAAAAUCACCAAACUGGAGGUACGUAAUUUUACGUAAAACUGGCUCUAAGAUUUUUACAGAAAAAAUAAUCAGCAGAUUAACUGAUAGCAACAAAAUGCAGUUAUCUGUCUGACUGACUAUGAGGACUGGGAUGUUCAAUUGUAUGGUCUGAUUUAAUAGGAGCAAAAAAAAGUUUACAAUUUCAGGCAGUUUGACCAAUUUCACUAGUUGUCAUCUUCUCUUUACACAUAAUAGUGCAAAAAAAUAAUCCUUGUAACCCAGUUAAAUACAUGUUCUAGCAUGUAUUUUAAAGGUUGUUCUAGCAUGUAUUUUUUAAGAUUUAAAAGGGAGCUCCUUUUAAAUCUUUGUGUUUCUUUGAGUCUUUUGAGCUUAGAAAGUGUGAUGUUGCAGAAACAAUUUAAUCUUCCUUUUUUCACAGUGCAAAAUAAGGAAAACGAAUGGCUUCAGGGUAUGGCAUCCAAGAGGAUUUCUUGAAGUAUGAGUGAAUGAGUCAGAGGUGCCAUCGAUAAAAUCUCUCAUUGACAUAAAACCCUCAUGUGGCCUCCGGCCCCUUGUUUGUUUACUGUUCUGUAGCAAUGGAUUGCUCCUAAGGUUUCUCAAAUUCCUCUAUCAGUAAUCCAUCCUACCUGGUGAAUAAAAAAUAGUUAAUAAAAGUAAUUUUGUCACUUAA